GGGAAUUAACACCAUAUUAGAAUUUUUAGUCAGCACCGGAUGCCUAGGAACGUUGCAGUUGAAAGAUGUUCGAGGACGAGUCAGGUAGUAUUUUCUUGGCGGUCCUGGUAUUUUCAUGGAUCGUUUACCUGUGGGAAUCCUACCUCUCUGCAAGACAGAGAGCUGUGUACAUGAAGCACACAACAGUGCCAGAUGUUCUGGACGGAGUUCUUGAUAAAGAGACAUUUGAGAAAGCUCGUGUUUACCAGAUAGACAAGAGCAACUUUGGCUUCUGGUCUAACCUCUAUUCUCAACUGGAAUCAACUGUAAUUUUGUUGCUGGGAGGUUUACCAUUCUUGUGGGCAGCUUCUGGUCACAUUAUUGCAAAAUUUGGAUAUGGUCCAGAGCAUGAGAUCAUACAGUCAUUGGUCUUUACUCUCCUGUCAAUGUUGUUCUCUACUGUCACGUCCACACCAUGGACCAUCUACAACACUUUUGUCAUUGAGCAAAAGCAUGGCUUCAACCAGCAAACACUAGGAUUCUUCAUAAAGGACCAGCUGAAAAAGUUUGUAGUGAUGCAGGUAAUCAUUCUUCCCAUUGUUGCUACGCUCAUCUUCAUCAUCAAAGCUGGUGGGGAUUACUUUUUCAUCUAUGCCUGGUUCUUCACCUUUGUUGUUUCCAUGUUGUUGAUCACUAUUUACGCCGAUUACAUUGCCCCGCUCUUUGACAAGUUUACACCUCUGCCUGAGGGAGAACUACGCACAAAGAUUGAGAAACUGGCAGCAAGUAUUGACUUUCCUCUUAAGAAACUGUAUGUUGUGGAAGGGUCAAAGCGGUCGUCUCACAGCAAUGCAUAUUUCUAUGGGUUCUUCAAAAACAAGCGGAUAGUCUUGUUUGACACUUUGCUUGAGGACUAUACCCCUAUCAACCAAGAGAAGAAGACAGAGGGAGCUGAAACCACUGAGCACACGGAAGAGGAGGAUCCCAGAGAUGACCAACCAGAAAGUGGAAAGACGGAAGAAGAUACAGAACACAAAGGAAACAAAGAUGAGGAUAAGGAAAAGGGAGAUUCAGAGGAGAAAGGUGAUCAGGAGAAAGACAAAAAGAAAAAACGAAAAGGCUGCAGUAAUGAAGAGGUACUGGCAGUCUUGGGGCAUGAACUGGGUCACUGGUACCUAAGCCACAAUCUCAAGAAUCUCAUCAUCUCUCAGGUGAACACAUUUUUGUGUUUCCUGGUUUUUGGGCUACUCAUCAACAAACAGGUGUUGUACUCUGCCUUUGGGUUUUCUUCCCAGCCUACUAUUGUUGGUCUUCUCAUCAUUUUUCAGUUCAUCUUUGCACCUUACAAUGAGCUUUUGUCCUUCUGCAUGACCAUGCUUAGUCGGCAUUUUGAGUUUCAAGCUGAUGCCUUUGCGAAGAGCAUGCACUUUGCAGAGAAACUCAAGUCUGCCCUGAUCAAACUCAAUUGUGACAACCUGGGCUUUCCCCUUACCGACUGGCUCUACUCUGCCUGGCACUACUCUCACCCACCCCUGCUAGAGCGCUUGAAGGCACUUAGCAAAACAGAGUAAUCUGAAAGUUUUAUAAUGCUAUUUACCCCCAGAAAAUCGAAAUACAAGUAUUUGAUGCCAAAGGUCCUUUUGUGGGUGAUUGGUUAGCCAUUAUUUUCCUUGAGCUCAGAACUUGUUAAGAGUUCUUACAGGGACCCUGGAUCUCAAAGCAUUUGCUUGUUUUUCACUUCUGCUGGUGUAGAUCUAUUUUUUUUUUUUUUUUUAAGCUGUGAGUGUUCUCUGCUUAUCACUACAUAAAAAGUUGGAAGCUGGGUUGAGCAUUUGUAAUAAUUAUGUCUUCAUUGUGAAGGAGCUUGUUACAACAACAUACUAUGAUGAUAGAACACGUUUCAUAUACAGAUGGGGAGUCAGUUAAAUAUAUGCUUCCAACCUAGGUGGCUCUGAUUAAAAAAAAAAAAUUAGUUUUCAAGAUUUUUGGAAGCUUUGUUUUGAAAGGAGAUCCUGAUUUCUUUGUGUACUUUUUGAGUGCUGUUGUAUCAGGUAGGAAAGCUUGCGUGCGAGUUCUGAAGCAAAUGCAGCCAAAGAAUGAUUUUAAGUUCUGUUCUUAUUGUGACUUUUAAUGAGAGGGAGAGAGCGUAUGUGUGUGUGCCUGUGUUUGAGAGAGAGAGAACCUUAUGCAUAUGAAUUCAUGCAGCUGAAAACAGCAUAGUCAACUGCCUCUGUCAUCUGUAGCAUUUGAUACUUUGCAUUAGUGCAAAGAUCUCUGAAUAAAGUUAGAAGAUCAUUAGUACAUUCACCAGUGUGCACAGAAAGAAGUUUUAAGUCCUGUCAUCCAACAAUUAUGAAUAAUAAAAAUAAUAAAUUCUUAUUAGAAAAAAAAGGUUGUUAGUACCAGUUAAAACUGCAUCAGAUUUUUAAGCAGCAUAAUACAUAAGAUAUUGUGAGUCAUUUGUUGCAUUCUUUCUAUGGCUGACAAUUUUAGAAACUUCUGUUCAGUUUACAAGGUUUGAUUGCAGGGUGUUGUAUACUCAUACACCAUAACUUGGCCUUUAUUUUUCUUUCAGCUAGUCAGAUUUUUUUUUUUGCCACCAGUUAUGAUGCAUUUCAGCUAUUUUCAAAAUUAACCACACUGCCAGGGUCUUUCCAAUAAAAACUUCAUCAGAAUCGCUCAUAUAGCAUUCUAUAAAACCACAUGCCAUGCCUACCAUUGAAAAUAAAAAGCAUUUUGCUUAACA